AGGGUGGGGAAGGGGCUCGGGGAGGCGCUGAGGAGGAGCCGCCGCCACUCGCUCCGGCCCCAGCGAGCCCGGAGGCGGCAGAGGAGCCCCGGCAGCCCGAUUUGUGUGGAUUCUUAGACUGAGAAUUGCACCUUUUGGACACUGAAGCCCAAAUGCCUGCAGAAUCCCAAACUAGGAAUACCAAGGGGAGCUUCUUAAAUCAGUGAAAAAUUUAAUAGCAACAAGGUUGGAGCUGUAUCUGCUGCAGGAAAGGACAGAACAAGAAAGCACCAUGUCUUCAGUCUCAGCUUAUUACAAUGGAAAGACUGUACUUAUCACUGGAGCUACAGGUUUCAUGGGCAAAGUACUGGUGGAAAAACUUCUGCGCUCCAGCCCUGAAGUGAAAGCAGUUUAUAUUCUUGUCAGGCCAAAGGCUGGCCAGUCAAUGCAAGAGAGAGUGGCCAACAUGUUGAAAUGUAAGGUCUUUGACAGGGUCCGAGAAGAUUGCCCUAAUUUCCACGAGAAGAUUAAGCCUAUUAAUGCUGAGCUCACUCAGCCCAAGCUGGCCAUCAGUGCUGAAGACGAGGAGGAGCUUCUGACCCGGGUCAAUGUUGUCUUCCACUGUGCAGCCACAGUUCGCUUUGACGAGCCCCUCAAGCAUGCCCUGCAGCUGAACGUGAUGGGCACGCAGCGGCUGCUGGAGCUGGCCCGGCAGAUGCGCAACCUGGAGGCCUUCAUCCACAUCUCCACUGCCUAUGCAAACUGCAUCCGGAAAUGCAUCGAGGAGAUCAUCUACCCACCCCCAGCCGAGCCCCAGAAGCUCUUCGAUUUAGUAGAGUGGUUGGAUGAAUCCAUCAUUCAAGACAUCACACCCAAGCUGCUUGGGGAGUGGCCCAACACUUACACCUACACCAAAGCCUUGUCAGAGUACCUGAUUCAGCAAGAGAAAGGAAACUUGAACAUUGCUAUCAUCAGGCCAUCCAUCGUGGGAGCCAGCUGGCAUGAGCCUUUCCCAGGUUGGAUUGACAACUUCAAUGGGACCAGCGGGAUAUUUAUUGCGGCAGGCAAAGGGAUCCUGCGGACCGUCAUCGCCAACAACGAAGCGGUGGCAGACAUGAUCCCCGUCGACGUCGCCAUCAACCUGACUCUGGCAGCCGGGUGGUACACGGCCGUGCACAGACCAAAAAACCUGUUGGUGUACAACUGCACAACAGGGGGAAUCAACCCUUUCUUCUGGGGAGAAAUGGGGCAGUACGUCAUGUCCACGUUCAAAAGGAACCCCCUGGAGCAAGCCUUCCGAACACCCAAUGCUCACAUGACCUCCAGCUACUUGAUAAACCAGUACUGGAUCACUGUCAGCCACAAGGCACCCGCCAUCCUCUACGACCUGUACAUGAGGCUCACGGGGAGAAAGCCCAGAAUGAUGAAGAUUAUCAAUCGGCUGCACAAGUCUAUGACACUCCUGCAGUAUUUCUCCACCCAGUCCUGGAGCUGGUCUUCAGAUAAUAUGAAUAUGUUAAUGACUCACCUUAACACAGAGGACAAAAAGUUAUACAACUUCGAUGUUCGCCAGCUGCACUGGUCAGAGUACAUAGAGAGCUACUGCAUAGGUGCUAAGAAGUACUUGCUAAAUGAGGACAUGGCUGGAAUUCCAGCAGCAAAGCAGCAUCUACGCAAGCUGAGGAACAUCCGAUACGCAUUCAACACCACCCUCCUGGUGAUCAUCUGGCGCAUCUUCAUCGCAAGGUCGCAGAUGGCUCGAAACAUCUGGUACUUUGUGGUGAGCCUCUGCUACAAGUUCCUGUCCUACUUCAGGGCAUCCAGCACCCUCAGGCACUGAAGCCAUCCAUCAGCAACCAGCCUCUUCCAGAAGGACCUCCAUCUCCUCUAAUCAGCAACUGUGGGCAUUGGGGUCUGAAAGUAGCAGAAAAAUCCACUCCCUCCAACAGCAGCUGGCACUUACUGUACACGGUUACAUGCUCACCUUUUUAAUUUUAACUAAUGCUUUAAUACAUGGUCUUUCUUCCAUAGGACCAGGCCAAUUUUUAAAGCCAUAAGUGAAGCUUUAGGAAAAAGUCAAGCUGGGACCCCUUCUCUAAAGUCUGAUGUGCAAGAGUAAGGAUUAACCAAAGUCAUUGUCUUGCCAUGUACCUCUCCCUAGGCCAUCUUAAUCCCAUCUUCCCCAAAAGAGGCAAAUUUAAAGCACGACCUUGGAAGACAAGGAUGGCACACCAGAGAAGACCCAGCUGAGGAAAUUUACCUGUAAGAGGUCUUCCUAAAGCAGCUGUGUGUUCAUUCUCAUUCAGUGAAAUGGUACCUUACUGAAAAAAAAAACAAGAUUACACCUUCUCAGUUUUUCAAAACUUAAGAGGGGGAAACAUCAGUCGCAUGAGGCCAGUGAACACACAGAACAUUUUUCAGAUCUUGUCUUGUAUUGCUGCUGAGGACUGAUGCUUUAAAGCCAAAACUGGAGACACACAUAGAAUUCAUGCACCUGUGUUAACUCUGCUCACUCACAAGCUGCUUUCUUACAGAGAGGUCUUCUUUUCUCCCUGUGGUUAAGGUUCCAGUCUGUUAAAAAAUUCCUGGUCUUUCAUAUAUCACAUUUGCUUGGGACAUUUUGGGGGUCUUGAAAAAUGCUGUAUUAACCCUGAGAAUGAAGAGAAGACUUCAUAAAAAUAGGAAGAAGAAUACAAAAACCUGUAAUUAUUUUUGAAGUAUGGGUCUUUUUUUCCUCUGCAGAAAAUCUCUCUCCCUGUAGCUUAAAACCAGCGGGAUACUGGGCUUUCAUUUUAGCUAAAUCACUUUGUAGUUGAUAAUUUCCUGUGGCAAAGAAAGUGAAAGACACACAUGAAGGAAACAUCAUUGGGCCUGUUCUGCUGCUAUUCCUGUCAGGAGGCAUUAAAAAGUCUGAAACUUGUUUUUCUUGAGAAUACGUUACAUGUUGGAUUUAAUGAUCUUAAAGGUCUUUUCUGACCUAAGCAGCUCUGUGUUUCUUUGACUUCUCUGUAAGAACAGUCAUGCAACUGUGAAGGUAACACAUUUUGUCCUGCAGUUUAGAAUUUUCAGAAUUUGAUUUUUCAGAGUUUUAGAAUUAAAUUGCAACUUAGAAAGGAAGCCAAGGAACUUCCCCAUGCUCAUGGCUGUUGGAGAUCCUUGUUUCUUGUAGUGAAUUGUAAAUUCCUGUGGGGGCAGAGAGAGAGAGAGCCUUCUUGAAAGUAGCUGGUGCAACAACAGCAAAAAACUUACUGCCUUGUCAGAUUUUCAGAGUCAAAUCUUACACCGAAAUAUUAUUUAUUCAGAUAAUACUGAAUAAACACUUUUAAGAUGAUCAGUCUUCAAUGCAGCACCCAGUUUCUCUAAUUUUGUGUCAUGCCUGAAAAAGCAAUGCUAUACAAAAAACACAACAGUGACACAGUUGUUCUUUGGUGAGCUGAGAAGAGCAGAGAAUUUACAAACCUGGCAUUCUUCAAAAAUUAUACGUGCUUUUGGUAGUGAAGGUAAGAGCACAGUAUGUCAGUGUAUUUAUAUCUGAGCACUUCAGGCUGGUUCAGAAAUCUUUCUAGAGGUUCAAGGAAUUAAUCUUGCCCCGUGUGCCCCAGAGGUCUGAUUCCAAGCAAGUGCCAAAGGGUGCCUGCAGCAGAACCUGACCAGAAAUGUGGCGUCCAGGAUGGCAGGGCUCUGGCAUUGUCUGCCACAGACCUCUGUGUUUGUCACAAACUGCUUUUGAUCUGUGCUUAAAUAGGUCGAGCACCCAGUUUACAAAGGUGCAAAUUCUAGAGCUCUUGCCUUGGAAAUGUGCUUCCUGUAGUGGAACUGGUUGUUGGGCAUGUCUUCUCCAGCUUCAGGGCAUCUGUGCCCAUGUCACCACCUGGGAUACCUGGAGCUGUGCAUUCAGGGGCUGGGGACCAACGUUCCCUGCCCAGUGCUGCCACAGCAAUAUUUUGGGGAAAGUUGUGGUGCUGUACUUUGCUGCCUUGGUGGGGCUGAGGCAGGUUGCUGCAGGGAUUCCUCCAGGAAGUGUGCAUUCCCUCACUUAAAUCAUCUGGUCAUCAGGCAGCUUGCAGUCCUCAUAGGAAAGGCUAAAACACAAAGCAAACCAAAGCUGUAGAUCACUUUGAAACAAACUUCCAUUCAAACAUCAGGAAAUAAUUUCAACACUUAUGCUGAAAGUCUUUUUAAGUGCCUGCCUUAUGGACAAAGAGAAGCAACAGUAAAGGGGAUCAUAAGUCUUGAGCUGUGCACGUGAUAGACAAAAGCUUGGGUUUCAGAAAAGUCAAAGGUGCAGAGCUGCUACAACAACAUCAGUCAGCUCUCCUGAGAGUAAAGCGAAAGGUAAAGUAAAAAGACCUUUUUUCCCCCCUUCCCUACUAAUGCCAGGCAUUCCUCACAAUAUGCCUGUAGGCAUUCACGGUUGUGUGCACAGGCUGUAUUGUCCCCACAAGUCUGAGGUGUAUUUUUUGCUCCCUUGAGCAUAUCCCGACCUGGUUUUCUGAGCACACAAAAAGGUGCUGCACUCAGAACAGUGCUGGUAUGACAUUUUAAGGCUCUUCAGCAUUUUGCUGGAGGAAACAGCCGCAGAAAAGCUACUCAGCCCUGAAAAAACAGCAGGAGUUGUUUGGGUUGGAAAAGCAGAGCUGUUGCAGAUGGUGUCUGCUCUUCUGGAGACCUUUCAUAGUUCAUGCAGCAUUGCCAGCAGCUGGCUCCAGAGCUCUGGCCUUGCCUGGGGAGGAUCAAGCUGUUAGCUUGUUUUAACACACACGUAACAUGAAGGGGAACUUGAAUCUUUACUCCAUUUCCUUGUGGCCUGAGAUGUUUCCAGCUGAUUGUCUGAAAGCACAGACGUAUUUCAGAAAGGCUCAGUGCAGGGGUUGAAGUGUGGCAGUGGCCCUUGAGUGCCAGUUGUGACUGUCAUUGUGGGGAGCGGGGCAUAAGAACUUGUUUUCAUCUCAAGCAGCAGCUGAUGUUCAAUGGUUUACCUUGUGCUCCUCAGUGGAUUUGUUUGUGCUCUGAAGAAACCCAAGCCUUGGGGAAGAUACCUGAAAGAAAACACUGAAUAUCAUUUCACCAUCAGCAAUGGGCAGAAGCUUGCAAUUAACAAGUAUCUUUUUUUAAUUAAAUAGCGAUGACAAAACAAACCACAACAAAUCCCUACAGUUAAUCUGUGUUUUAACUGCCUUUUGAACAACAACCAAAGCUAUUUAUCUCCAGCAUGUCUGUUACUAAAAAAAUUUAAUUUCUUACCCCUCCACCCUCCUUUGUUCCAUGUUAAGAAACAAUUUUUUCCACAGUAGGGAGAGAGAGGUAACAGACCCACUGAUAAAUCACAGAUUGUUGACCCAUUACCCACCUCCUGCAGAAAUGUGUUCUUUUACAUUUUCUAAGGAAACAUCAGUACAUCUGCCUGUGCAUACAGCUGCAUCUUCCAGCACCAGACAACCUGGUAAAAGCAGUGGAGCUCAUCCUGAAGUGCCAGGCUGUGCUUGUUUGGAGUGCCCUGUUCCACUUCAGUUUACCACAAAGUGAUGAAAAACCCUCCUGUCUCCAGUGUAAAAGGAACCUAACAUGUAGCUGUUAAUCGAGUCAUUAUCAUGAAUAAGCAACUGGGAAAAGAGGGAGGGGGGGCAUCCUUUUGUUUGUAAAUAAGCUACAGCUUCAUGGUUGAAAGCAUGCUGUUGCUCUUCCAGCAUUGACUUCUCCCGCUGAAAGCAAGGAUGAACUUUCAGUACAACUUUAGUACAGUUGGACCCCUUAUUCUAGCACAGAGCAAAUAACAUUCCCCAGAAGGUAAGUGGUGAACACCCCACUACAUGGUGCUAAAUAUUGGUGUGAAGGUGGUACAGAUUCACUUAGAAUUAAAAUCCAGAAAAUAAAGCAUAUUUGGGGAAUAAUUAAAGAUGUACUAUCCUGUUUUCUCUAUUGCUUAAAAGCCAACUAUUAAUUGUUUUUUCAGAUGAACAUGAAGCCACUUACAAAAGGUUUCUUGUCCUUACAUGAUCUUGGCAGACCCCAGUUUAUAGUAAAAUAUGUACUCUCCCACUGUCCAGAGUUUCUACGGUUCUAUCUGCUAUUUCUAUCCUCUUGUUAGCUGCAAGACAACUUCCUGUUAUAAAUCUUAAUUACAGAGUUUCUAAUGUUAAGGCAUAACCUUUUGAGCUCUCAAAUCAGAUAAAACGGUCAAACCACAAAUUGCGUGAAUCUCAGCCAUAAAAUUGUUAAUAUGAUGUUUAUGUUAUUUGAAACAUUUAAUAAAACAAAAUAUUUUAAAGCUAUGGUCACUUGGCAUUGCUCAGUUUGCUAGAGGGGGUGGUUACUUGGUGGCCAGUGCAGUUGAGCAGAGGCUGCCUGCCCAGCACAUCUGCCCACAUCUGCAGCACAGCUGUCGGUGGAACGGCAGCCCCACCUGCAGGAGGGAAGCACAGAUUUUAAAGGCUGCAGUAGUGAGACUUUUAACCCCGCUGCAGAAGACUGAAAGGUCCUGCUGUGCUGAGCAUCCUGUGGAAACUCAGAGGGACAAGUCUGCAGCAAAGGAAAAUUGGGAGCAACCCCGCCAACAACAAUAUCCCAUUUGUACCUGAGUAUAUUAUCCCAAAUUUUCACUUUUUAAGUAUAGAGACCUCACCUCAUUAUGUUAGUUUUCUGUCAGGCAAGAGUAGAUGACAUCUAGUAAUUCUCUCUCACUUCCUUGCAAUAUAGCAGACUUCAAUGAGUGGAAAAGGAACAGCAUUAUCAUGACCCUUUGCUUAAUGAAAAUGAUUUCUAAUCCUGAAACCUAGGGCAUACAUCAAAGAUACCACUUUCAUUUUGUUAGCAAAUCUUUCCUUAAAAUAUAAUUUUCCAUUUUUUUUAUAUGUAAAUGUGAUCUUUAUGGAGAAAAAAAAAAUCUAUUUUCCAUUGAGAUGCAUCAACAAAUUAAAGCCAUCAGUAAGAAAGUUCAAAUUCUUUUCAAGGAACAGAUUUUAAGGUCAACCUGCAGUCUUCAAUAUUUAAAGCUUUUCUUCUGGUAUUCUAAUUGCCCAGUAUUAUUAAGGAAAACAAUAAAUAAAUAAAUGAGGAAAAUUGCAAUAAUUUUCAUAUUUUAAGGGAAGCAAAAAUAGAGGGGGAGGAAAAUGAUGUAAAGUAAGAUGAACCCUUAGCUGAUAACACUGCAGGUCACACAAAAUAAGCACCAGGCCUCAAGGGAAGGCAUCCCAGCCAAUUUUUAAUUUUCCCUGUCUCCCUCAGUUAAGGACAACUGGUGUUCAUUAAGAACUGAACCCAUAGUUCCCAGUUCCUAACUUGCAGGAUUAUUUGGCUGUGAAAUGUGCUGUGGAUAAAUUGGAUUUCUGGACUCAUGCCCUACCUAUGGAAUGGGAUACCACAGCAGGGGAAGCUGAAUUAACUCGGAGCCAGGAGAGGGCCACACACUCAUCUUCUUCCCUUGCCACAGGUGCCUUGAUGAUACAAAUUCCUGCAGCUGCCUGCACAAAUUCCUGCCUGCCUGCUCCUUCCAGGGAAGCAGCAAGUAACACCCAGCCCCAGGUGUAAAAGCCACAGCAAAGAAAUGCAUCUUCUGUAAAAGAAGAGUAGGCAAGAGGGGAUCAAGACAACAGCUCUGGAGCUGCCAAUGUGAUCCAUGAUUUCCCUGAACAAGGUAUGGGAGAGCUUUGCAGAGGGCUUUCAAACAGGAAUUCCCACCUCAGCAUGGGUCCUGACUUUCUGUAUUUCUGUUUUUCUGUAUUUAGUUCUCACUGCAAGCUCCUCCUCUCCAACUAGGAUUCAUAACCACUCCAGAGAAUACCUUGGUGUUCCUUGAUCAAUGAAACAUAAUUCAUUGGAUUAGACCUAUAUAAACUGGCUAGAGAAAGCGGGGCUGGUGAAAAUGGCAGCAAAAAUGUUUGUAAAAAGGUUGUAACUAUUUGUAUCAUUAAUUAGGCAAGAUCUGAGGCACACAAAGACUGAUAUUUUGCUACUGAUAGCACCGAUCUUUUGCCACUGUCAUUUGUCACCAAGUAUUUGCUGUGCAAGACACUGAAGAGCCCCCAAAAUUCAGGCAAGUACCCCCAGAACCUCUGGCAGCUGGGUUUUGACCAGAAAGUAAUAGAAGGUUUAUAGCAUGGCACAAUCUUGCAGAGAGAGGCAGGUGAAUUUAAAUGUAUCAUUCUCUUUGCCUCAGGCUUUUAAAAAUGGAGGCAUUGUGGAACUGGAGGAACAAAUGAAAAAUUUAAAACAACAGACAGUAAAAACACAACUGUAAUUGCAGAGUAAUAAAAUAAAACUGGCUGCUUGAAAGUGUGAACAGCAUUAACCUGCUCAACAAUGACUGUGUUUAUGCAACACUAGGUUUAAGGGGAAGUUGUGUCUUCUCUUCACAAUCCAUGAUUAUUGAUCAUUUUAGCACAUUUUGUUACUUCCCCCCCCCCCAGCUGAGUCUGACGUGACAAGGGGAAAGAGAAAUGUCAGCUGCCCGUGGGAAGAUUGCUACCACUUAACACCUCUGGGAAAGCUUUAUUGAUAAAUAAAGGGCUGCCAGGUAAGAUUGAGUCAGCAAGGGCAAAUUCAGCAGUGAGCAGACUAAUGAGGUAAAUUAGCUUGAAAAGGUAAGUGAGGGACAAGUUUGGCACUCUGCAGUCAGAGCUGGGAGAGAGGAUGUGAGUUUAGGCAUCUGAUGGAUGACAAUCCUAGCGGUGGGAUAAUAAAAGCAACAAUUCCAUUAUUUUAUUAAUUCUUUAAUCUUUGGCAUUAUGGUGAGAAUAAUAUUUCCAGAAAAAAAAAUUGUUUUCCUAGUCUUCAUUUUCAUAAUUACUGACAAUAAGAAUGUGAAAGCAAGCAAAGGAACUAGCUAGAAUUUAAUAUACAGUAAAUUCCAGCUAUCUUCUAUUAGUAUUUUUUCUAAUUAAGAUACUGUUUAGCCUUAGAAAGCAUGAAAUCAGUUGAUGAUCAAUACAAAAUGGUAAAUAUAUUUUGGUAUGUAAAGCAAGAAUUUAUCUGCUGAGAAAUUUUUGUUUACAGCUUGCUCUAUUACAGCAUUUGGCAUUUUAUUUGGAAGUGCUGUGUCCUGUGAUGAAUAUGGAUCUGAAGAAUUGAUAAGUUUUGCUUAUUUCCUUGGAGGUCUAUUCCAACAUCAGUGAUCCUUUGAUAACUGUGGAAUACAAGUAUUUUACCUUAGCAGAAGUGAGACAAAAUACUGAAAGAAAAGAUCCCAGGCAACAUCCACUACCCCAGGGCACAAAAAGCAAAUCAAAAUCCUGUUCCUCACUUCUGCUGAAGAGAUGGUAAGAACUGGAUACCCACCACAAAGGAAAGGACUGUAUUUCCAGAAAGUGGGUGUCUGCAGUCUCAGAGAACCAGCAGUAAUAUCCCAAGGCAGAUAAAUCCCCUGGAGAACAGCCUGUGGGAAGAUGGGCACCUAAAUGUCCUUUAAGGAGUUGCUAAAGAAUGUACUGUCUCCAACUAGAGGAAGGGGAAAAAAAAAGGUUAAGAGAGUAAAUCUGACAAACCACAAAUUUCCCUACUGGUUGGAAAUCAUGAACCGGAAUGGCACAGAGGUGACAAGUAGGUCAGAUUACAUAAGAUAAUGUAUUAAAAAAAAGAAAAGAAAUAAAGCAUAGCCAAGCAACUAACUAACUGGAACACAGAACAGUCCAAAAACGUUCUAUAAUGUUAUUGACUGGAAGACAACAGAGGGGAAAAAAAAAAUCUGUGUCUUUGCUAGAAGGAUUAGCAUAAUUUAUGUAAUAAACAGAAGAUUAGCAUCAAAAGGGUAAGAACUCAGAGCAGACAGAGCAGAGGUUACAGAGUACUUAAUUUAGAUUUUUUUUACUGUCACCUAUAGGCUGGAGCAAGCUGAGGUAGGCUGGUAGAUAUCCAGGAGAGGUCAGGAAAGAUGGACAAGUUUGGAGAAGACAAAGGAAAUGCAAGAGGACAAGAAUGUGGGAACUAUUUUUAGUGAGCCUGACUUCAGUACAAGAACAAUACUCAGCAGUCACACAGUAGUUAAAAAGGAAAAGAAUAAUAGUGUGGAAUUCCAAAGGCAAAUUAUGUCACAUCAAAUUUUCUCUUACAAUAGAGUGAGAGGCAUUGUUAAAAGCAGAGGAGUUGGAGAUGGCAUACAGUCUGUGCUUUAAAAGGUUUUUAUCUCACAUGAUCAUUCUCACUAAUAAGCUGAGGCAAGAACACUGCAAAAUUAAUGCAAAACCUGACAGAAAAUCACAAUACUUAUUUGCAAGUCAGUGUUAACCUGGGAAAUUAUAUUAUGUGUAACCCCAGAUGAGAGGAUUCAACAGGUUUAUUAAGGAUCUGAAUGCUGGGAUAGAGGUAGGCUCUGUCUUUAAAACCUUGACCUCAAGGUGGGAAGGCUGUGAACAGUGCAGGGGACAGGGCUAGUUAGAACUCAGAAUAUUCCUGUUAAAUUGAAACCCAAGGCUCCUACUUAAGUUAGUGAAAAUUAUGUCUUUCAAAUUAAAAAUACUUGCACGGACAUCUAACAUGGACUUGCCUAAUCUGAGAUACAGUCUUGAAAGAAUUUUAUAUAAAUGAUUAUUAUUAGUUUUCCAAACUCAAGAAUUUGUAAUUAUGAAAUGCCAUAGCAAUGUGUUCUAACCUACUCAUGUAUUAUAACAGGCUCUUUUAUUACUUACACACUAUUUUUGCAUGAAGACCCACUGCUUUGUUUAGUGAACUUGAGGGACGAGUGAGAAAACUCUUCACAAUCUUUUUUGCACCUCAAUUACAAGGUGGUCUUACAAGCUAUCAUGACACAUAGUUCAAGCUCUGCUGGGCCAAGAAAAUCAUUCCUUUCUUAACUAAUUGUUCUAUGUCACUCAUCACUUCAAUGUCUAUAGGCCAGAUUAAUUUAGAUAGUGGUAAAUUAAUCUUACACCAACUUCUACUAUGUUGAAGUCAGUUAAUCCAGGCUUCCAUAUUUUCCUGCAGGGAAAAACAGACCUUGCUGUAAUGUGAUUUAUUAGGGUGCUGCAUAAAGGUCUAUUGACAACCAACAGCAUCUAAUGCAACAAGCUCAUUCACAUUUAUGGACUUUGAAGGCCAGGAAAAAUAAUCCUGUUUUAUUGCAAAAUACUGGCUGUUACUGUGGAUGGGAUACCUCUGUCCUCCAAAGCACACAGCUGCAGAAAGGGAAAAGCUCAAUCUGCUCAAUGAGCAGCACCUGAGACUGCCAUAAAACAAAGUCACAUCAUCGACUUACAGAAUAUCCCGAGCUGGGAGGGACCUGCAAGGAUCACGGAAUCCAGAUCUUCCCAAACCAAAAUUUAUCCUGACAAAUAAGGGGAAAUGACCUGAAAACCAGAAGUUAAACAAAAGAAUCGCCUUAGUUUAGUGCAAGCACCAGCUUGCAAAAAUCAGCCUUGGCUAAGUGUUUAUUAGGUGAUCCUUAUAAUUCUGUUGUUGCUGAACAGGUGUAAAUGUAAGAUCACCCAUCUGGAUAAGAUACCUAGAGCUUACUGUGGGGUGUGUGAUGGUGCAUAUACACUUGUGAAAUGAACAGGUUGCAUUCUUUAGGAAGGAAAUGGACAUCUUUGAGUGUUUCUGGUGAGUUUUGUCAAUGCAAUUUAUUUGGCUUGUCAUUGCGAGGAAAGUAAAUGUUGUGUUAGAUCUAGCUAUGAAAAGAGAUUGUAAUAGUUAAUCGGGAAUUAGCUGAUUUUUUUUUUUAUCAAUAAAGAGCUCUUUGACUUCUGAUGAAUAAAUAUACAGUAUCCUUAUAGUACUUAGAACUAUAGUUGUGAUAGAGAAAAAAAACUGGUGUGCCAACCUACAAAAGACAUAAUUUAACUGUUUUCUCGUAAAUACGAACUAGCACAAGUGAGAAACAACCUAAAUCUCCCUGCUGGCCUUGCCUAGCAAAGGUUGCAUGGGCUCUUUUGUGCUGAAAUAUCCCCACCCAAAUGCCCAGCUUUGAAACAGUUUGUUAAUGAUAAUUUGGCAGGCUGGAAACCUUUUGAGCUAAGUCUGCAGGAACAAAUAGCUAAAUGUAAAUAUUUGGGAUGGGUGAGAUGCUUCAGCAUAUUCCUUUCUUCCCUUCAUCUUGGCAGUCUUUAUUUUGCCAUUCUCUGAAGGGAAGUACAAGGAAAUGGGGAGAGGAAGGAAGAGAAGAGGAACAUUUCUUCCCUUUGCUAUUUUCCUCCCCCUUCUUGUCUCAGUCUUUGGAAUUUCCAUUCCUCUUUGGGAAAAGGGAAUCUGGUGUAAGCUGAAGGUAGGUCUGAGAAAUUAUUUUACAAGAGCAGCCUCCUCAGGGAACGAGGAGUGUUAAGAUGGGUCUCUUACUCCAUCAGGGGACUGUGUUUUGGGGGACAGUGAGGAGGAGGAGAAAGGCUUUCCUGAAAACCUGAAGCAAGAGGAGCUGCCUCAGCUACUUGAAGUGCAGAGCCCAGAGCGGGGGGCAGCCUGUGAUGUGUCCCUUCGUGGAGAGGAAAGUCAUCCUUGGCGCUGGUGGCCAGAAACUGUGCUCUGCAGAGAAGCCCUUCACUUGUCCAGAAUGUGGGAAAGGCUUCAAGGGGCACUGCAGGCUCCUGAUCCACCAGAGAAAAGGUGUUUGUGUGUGCAGAAUGUGGGAAGAGCUUCAGCAGGAAGGACUACCUGGUGGUUCACCAGAGAGUCCAUACAGGGGAGAGGCCUUACAAGUGCAAGGAAUGUGAGAAGACCUUCAGCCGUGCCUCGAGCCUCCUUGCCCACCACAAAAGCCAUCUGAAAAAUAAAAUAUUUUCCUGCCCCGUGUGCAGAAAGAACUUCAGUGGGAACACAGCUCUGCUGCUGCAUCAGAGAGUCCAUACAGAUGAGAAGCCCUGUAGGCAUUCAGAGCGUGGAAGUAACUUCAGUGUGAGCUCUAACUUCAUCAGACACCAGCAUCUGAGAGAGAGACCCAGUGAACACACAGCAGCAGCACAGCAGAGCGAGCCUGACAGCGAGACCACACCGGAACCCUCCCGCUGGGACAGGGCAGCGACCCUCGCACCAGGACAAUGCCAGAACCCUCAGAGGACAACAGGACCCGCUGCCAAAAAGGACCACUUGUAGAAGUAAACUUCACUAUUGGUGAUGAGAUUUAAACAUGAAGAAAAAAAGCUGGGUUGCCAAGACAUGUCUGGGGAAUCAUAAUGAUUCAACAUCUCGUUUGAAAGCAGCAGAAACAGAGACAAGCUUUCAGAAGUUUCACAGCCCUCCAUGGAGUAAACCUGAAGAUGAAAAAUCACCUGAAUAAAAAGAGAAAAAAUACGAAGAAUCAGUUAGUACACCAGAAUAAAAACUCUAAAUGCUACUAACCUACAUUGAAAAAUGCCAAUCACUUCCAUUUUAAUGUUCUGCUAGCACAAGGGCAUGAAAUGUCCCAGGUUUCUAAAGCAUGGAUUUUUCACUAUUUUAUGGAUGUCUGUAAAUUAGUCUAGAACAGACCAGUUAGUACCUUACAGCAAUAAUCCAAAAUUGAUGUUUGAAGAAGUGCUUUGUAAUGCAGUCCAGUUUUUGAACUCUUGUUCUACCUUAUCAGUAAUUGUAUACUAUAAAUUACCUUCUUUGUAAACAACA